AUGGUGUUUUUGGCAGCAAUUGACUCGCAGUUCACAGUCUCGAGUGUCUUACAAGGCCUAGGACUCGGAUUCGCCAUUUACUGGGUGGGAUGGAUCAUCUACACCCAAUUCCUCCAUCCGCUGGCAAGAUUCCCAGGGCCCUUUUGGGCGUCUGUAUCGCGUGCCUGGAUCGUGCGCUCUGUAUCCGGUGGAAACCCCCAUGGGAUUCAAAGAGAGCUGCAUGCACAGUAUGGUCCCAUUGUGCGAAUUGCCCCGAAUGAGCUUGCGAUCAGUGAUCCGAAUGCUAUCAAGGCUAUUUAUGGUGUCAACUCGGGGUUCACAAAGACUGAUUUCUAUCUGUCUUUCCGGGCACCAUAUACCCGAUACCCAGACCAUUUCACGUCGACAGACGAAAAGGUCCACGCCGAGCGGCGCCGGAUCGUAAAUGGCGUGUACACCAUGGCGAACAUCUUGCAGUCCGAGCAGUACGUGAACAAAUGCAGCGAUGUUCUGCUAGACCAGUUCGGAGGCUUUGCAGAUGCAAAGGAAUCUAUUGACCUGCUAGAGUGGGCGCGAAUGUACGCUUACGAUGUAAUCGGCGAGCUCUACUUUAGCAAGAUGUUCGGUUUACUGAACGCCAAACGCGAUCAUCUCGGCAUAAUGGAGUCCACCGACACGCUAAUCCCGGCCAUGACCAUGUCGGCUGUCAUGCCCACCUACCUCCGGUCUCUGUUCAUGUUCCUCGGUGUUCUUUUUCCAGGCACUCGCAAAGCGCUGGGAGCUCUAGAUGGCCUUGCGCAGGCGGCGGAGUCGGCUGUGAAGGAGCAUAUCCAGGAGUCAGCAGAGUCGGGAAAGACUGCGUCUCGGCGGUCUGAUGUUAUCUCAAAAGUUUUCAACAUCCAUCAGCAGCAGGGCGAGAAGGUCGACUUUCAGAUUGAGGAUGUAAAGCUUGAGGCGUUUGGAGCAUAUUUUGCCGGAAGUGAUACCACAGCCAUCCAUAUCUCGACAACACUCUAUCAUAUCCUGAAGAAUCCCGCUGUUUACGGCGCACUCAACCAUGAGAUCGAGCAGGCCACAAACCGAGGCGAACUCAGUACACCGCAUAUCAAGUACCAUGAAGCCAGCAAACUCCCAUACUUGAGCGCCUGCAUCAAAGAGGGCGCACGUAUCCAUCCCAGUGUGGCGCUUACAAUGCCUCGACAAGUACCUGUUGGAGGAUGUAAUAUUGCAGGGCAGUGGAUUCCCGGUGGAUUCCGCGUGGGAAUCAACCCGACUGUUGUGCAGCUUGAUACAUCGGUGUUCGGCGAUGAUGCGGAGAUAUAUAACCCAGAUCGGUGGUUGAAAGCAGACGCAGAUAAGAUGAAUAAAUAUAUCCUUCAGUUUGGUGCUGGGUCAAGAACGUGUAUGGGCAAGAACAUAUCCCUGUGCGAGAUUUAUAAGGUGAUUCCCACCCUGCUUCGUGCAUACCGUCUUGAACUCGAGGACCGUGAAAGCAGCUUGGAAGCCACGGGGCUCUGGUUCUACAAGCCAGCGCCGAUGAAAGUCCGUAUCUAUCGCAAAUAG